UUGGUCGUCACAGAGACCAGUUGACGUUGGCAGUUGCACACGUCGGUUUUUUUGUGGGGCAAAUAGUAUUUUAAAUCGGUCCGGUUAAAGCUUUUCCACAAAAAGCAAAAAAUGCACCGUUAAGGUUUGUUGAUGCGGCUUUGACGAAUUUGCAUUGCGCGAACUCGGAGUAAAGUAAAACUAGUCGUGGCUGCUCUUGUUUACAUUCGACGCCGUUGCUCUGGCAAUAAGAAGCGUCCAAGAUGGCCUCUUUAUUGCAGGGCACAAUUUUUGAAAUCAGCGCACAAGCUCCACCACCGAGUAAGGAUUAUUAUCAGCUUUCGGUGACCAAUUCAUCGGUAACCUGGAGGUGGUGGAAGAUUUCACUUCGAAGUGAAUUUCGAAAUGUGAAUCCUGGUGAAAAAAGGAACUCUUAUCAGGACUUCUUGGAUGACCUUAGUCUACAAGUUCACGUUGCUGUAAUUUUCGGCAAUGAUACCCUCAAGUACGUUUGUAACCUGUGUCAACAGCAGUUUGAUUAUCUUGAACGUCUCCCUAAAGACUUGCUUCUUUAUAUAAUUUCAUUUUUGGAGCUUGAGGACAUCGCCAGACUUUCCCAAGUGUCCAGAAAGUUUAAACAGACGUGCAAUUCAGAUGAACUCUGGGAACAAAUUGUUUUGCGAUAUUGUGAUACCAUAACCGCUGAAAUGCAAGCUUUGGCUUUGGAGGUUGGUUGGAAGGAGAUCUUCUUCACCAACAAACUUCAGUUACAGAAAAAGAUCAGUCGAAGACGACAAAGAGUUGAGGAUAAAGGUGAAGACGUGCCAGAAUCAGAGCAUGCGUUGUAAAUGAAAAACUGCACACAAAGUUGGUGCAUGCAAUAGAAAGUUGUUUGCUGCAUGGUCAUUUAUAUUUCCUGCUCAAAUAGCACAUGGGGACCUUAAUCCUUUGUCUCAUGAUAGAUAAAAUUGUUUGGUAAGAGAGUAUAACUUUAUCACAUGUAGUACUUCUGUUUUUAGAAAUUGAGCCAUGAGGGACCCAUUUUUCUUUCAAUGGUAUAAAUCUGAGUGCUCAUAAUGGCCAGCAGGAUGUACUCCACUUACCAUAGUGAGUAAGAUGAAAGCAGAGGUGUCCUGUGCCCAUCCCUGAAGCAGGUAUUAAUGCCUUUGAAUGUGCUUAUAAUGGAGAUCUUGGUCUGCUUAUAAUCCAUUCUAAAAGAUGCUUUGGUCUGGGGAAAAGUUUAAAGAAGGUGCACAGUGAGACCAAUCACAAAGAAAGCUUGAAACAAAACUGUAAAAAUUUACUGUUUAAAAUCUGUUCCCAUUUAUUUCCCAUUUAUCCCUAAACUGUUCUAAGAUUCUCUGCUCUAAAUUUAUGAUCAGCACUACUUUCACACCCUCUUUUCAACAAAGAAUUUCUCACCUUUCCACAUUUUCUCAUUCUCCAUCAGCCCAUCCAUUGUUAUAAUAUGUACUUUUAUGGCCACUAGAUUUCCAAUACUCAUGAUUCAAGAACACAUGGUGCCAAGGGUGGCUGCCAAAUGCUGUUAACUUUUCCCUCUCUCCACACCAACCAACCCCCUGCCUCCCACCCUAUUUCUUGUCAUUUAUCCAACGACCCUUCCAUGAGGCUACCUACUUGUAUGGUGCAGCCCUGUAUCUUGGGUUACUCAGACAUGUCAAUUUAGAUAGGAUGUACCCUGUGCAAUGGGGUGGGGAAUUACUGAUUUUUGGAACUAUUCUUUGGGACACUGAGUUUAUGGUGAUGCUACAGUAGAUUUAGAAUGUAAAUACUGCAGUUAUAAAAUUGUAUUUUGAUUUUUCUCUUUGUUUUUGUUACCUUUCACUAAAAUGUAUACAUCAAGUAUAUCCCUUUAUUCUAACACCCUUUAGUUUUUUGUAAUUAUGAAAUAAUCUUCAAACAAGCUAUUUUUUAUCUAUUACACACUUGCUUAGACGUUGUAGUGCAUAUUGGGGGAUUGGAAACACUUAUAGUUUUAAAAUCCUAAUGGGAAAUCCAAUAUUCCCUUCAGUGAUCCUAAGUAAUAAGUUUCAAGCAACUUCAACUUUAUGUGAUGUAAAUACAGUAGUUAUUAAUAAAU